CUCUGUGUUACGGGAUCAGGUGGUUCUGGCUGUGCGUCAGGAGUACGUGCCUCUGGGAGAGCAGCCCCUGACCCUCAGAGACGGGGACGAGGUGGCCGUUAUACCGCCCCUCAGUGGAGGCUAAAGACAUUAAUAAGGUAUGGCUGCAGACGGGGGUCAGGAUCUAAUUACACUCACUGUUGACAAGCUCUCUGCUGAUCGUGUUUCUGAAUCUGUUACGUGUCCCUCCUGUGGCGCUGUGUCUCUGUUUAUUGGGACUACCAGAGAUCAUUUUGAGGGGAAGAAAGUGAUCCGGCUUGAAUAUGAGGCGUACAGUCCAAUGGCAGAGUCCGAGCUUAGGAAGAUCUGCAGUGAGGUCCGGACCAAGUGGCCCAGCGUCAGACACAUUAACAUACAGCAUAGACUCGGUGUGGUUCCUGUAACGGAAGCUAGUGUUAUAAUUGGGAUCUCAUCACCACACAGAAAGGAUUCCCUGGAGGCGGUGAAGUACUGCAUCGACACACUCAAAGCUACUGUGCCAAUCUGGAAAAAGGAAAUAUACGAGUCUGGGGAGCCGUGCUGGAAAGAGAACAAGGAGUGUUUGUGGGGGGAUACUGGGAAAGAUCCUAAACAAAGCUGAACUGUUAAAUAGCAAAUGAGCUACAGUAAAUCUCACGAGGCAUCAAGAGGUUUUUAUUGGAAAAAUACAAAGCUCAAAGUUUUCCUGUAACACCUGAUGAAACAACGAUUUGAAAAAAAAAGAAGAGCAUAUUCUACUCUUCUCUUGAAUAAAAAGUCUUUAAAAAAGUACCAGUGCAAAAACAUCAUGUAAACAUUAAGGGAAAUCUUUGUCGUUUAUGUUGUCUUUGAUUAGACGGGUCUCAAAGAUUUCCUUGAAACGUCACAUGACGACAUCAGUAGAAGUUAAACCCUGAAUUCAUGUAGCAAUUUACUAAAACUUUCAUAUACAUGCAAAUAUGUUGGAGAUUUCAGAAUAUUUGACUACAUCAUUUAAUGCUUAGAUCAUUAAAGCAGUCAACUAGUUUGAAAUGUCAUUAUACAUUUGUGCAUAAAAAUAAGCUCUGUUUAAUGUUUAUAAAUGGCAAGUUAGUAAUAAGAAACAAUGCAGAAAACACGUAUGUUUAAUUAACAUCUUAAAAGUUAACAUCUUUAAUGUUAAGUUUUUAAAGUGUUUCUUAUUACUAACUUGAUUCAUUUGUGCAAGUAGUCACAAUCAUUUGUUUUCUCAUGCAGUGUUAGUCCAUUUCCCUGAUGUGUUGCAUACAGUGGCACUGCUUCAUUUCUACAUUGUGUGGACAACAGUGGCACAGUAGAAUUUACAAAAAGCCUGCUUUGCCAGUGCAUUGCUGCUUUGGUCAUAAAAAAAUGUUUGAGUUUGUAAUUUGGUAUUGCAGAGAUGAUCUCACUACGAUUUUGUGAAGGCUUCUUUUCACUGAUACUGUAUAAUUUGGAACGUAUGCCUAGUAUUCUUUAAAAUUUGUGGGAAAAGUUUGGGA